AUGACAUUGUCCAUCGCACUGGAACUGGUGAACAAUCCACCAAUCUUCUUCCUCGACGAACCCACCAGUGGGCUGGACACGGUGACGACAGUGCAAUGUGUGAAGCUGUUAAAACAGUUGGCCAGACAGGGCAGAACUGUGGUUUGCACUAUACAUCAACCUGCUGCUUCUUUAUUAGAGAUGUUUGAUCAGGUAUACGUUAUAGCAGAUGGACGCUGUAUCUUCCAAGGCGAUACGGCAGCCAUGGUACCUUUCUUGCAGAGCAUCGGAAUGCCCUGCCCUAGACAUCACAACCCAGCUGAUUUUAUAAUCGAACUGACCGAGAACCAAGACACCAUAAAUCUUCUAUGCCAAGAAAUGCUCAAUGGGAAAUUAUACAAAUCGGCAAAACUAGAAAACACGCCCAACGAACCAAUGAACAGUAUGGAGCUAAAAAUCUGCUAUCAAAUCGAAGACGACGCUCCAGAAACAGAAAUAAUGCUGUCCAAUGAAAAAUGCACAUACAAAGUACCGGAAUAUAAUGAAAUUAGUGAUUCCAGUUCCUUGUCGAGUCAAGAAUCUCAAACAAUAAACUCUUCUAUGGCCUGGAUGAAAGUAUAUAAGUCUUCUGAGUGUUGUGGAUACCCAACUACGUACUGCGAACAGUUUAGAAUACUAUUGUGCAGAAUGCUGUUACAAAUCAGCAGAAACCGUCAAGGUCUCUACAUUCAGUUGGUCCACCACAUUAUGUGUGGCAUACUGAUCGGUCUUUGUUUCUUCAACAUGGCCAAUGACGGCACACAGAUGUUCAACCAUUUGAAGAUGUGCGUUGGGUUGGUCAUCUUCUUCGCGUAUACGCAGAUAAUGGUUCCAGUGCUAAUUUAUCCCCAAGAAGUAAAACUAGUGAAGAAAGAGCAUUUCAAUCGCUGGUACAGCUUAACGCCUUACUACGCAGCGUUGACGGUCUCAAAGAUUCCAGUACAAGUUUUUUUGAAUAUUCUCUUCUGUACGAUUGUGUACUUCAUGGUCGGAGUGCCUUUCCAACUGGACAGAUUCACAGUAUUUUGUUUGAUAGCGAAUAUUGUGUCACUGGUGUCUGAAGGAUUCGGAUUAGCUAUUGGAUCUGUAUUCAACGUUCGAAAUGGGUGUGCCAUCGGCCCAACAGCGAUAGCUCCGUUCCUCGGCCUCGCAAUCUACGGCUUCGACUUCGCCCACCGCAUUCCCCUAAUGAUGAAAAUCUUAAUGAAAACUUCCUUCAUUCGAUGUGGAGUCGUCGCCAUGGUUCUCACUAUAUUUGGCUUUGACAGAAAACCAUUAGAAUGUCAAGAUGUGUACUGUCAUUUUGCAAAACCAGAUGUUCUCUUGAACUAUCUGGACAUUGAAAAUACUUCCGUAUGGUUCGAGAUUUUCAUUAUGUUAAGUAUUAUGUUUGUUUUUCGCUCUCUAUGCUACAUUGGUUUGAGAUGGCGAUUUGCAACGUGAUUUAUUGGUAUAUACAUAUGUAUACAUUAAGUUAUUAAAAACUCGUACCUAUAGGUGAUAAGUAACUCAAUGGCUAAUAAAGGAGAGGUGUCUAUUGGAAUGUAUGUACAUUAGGUAUAACUCUUAAAGUGAUAUGGUAGGCACAAAUACAGCAUUGUUCUCAUUAUGAUCAGAUUAGUUCAGAUUUAGAAAUAUGCUCAGAAUAGACUUUUACUAAUCAUUUUAAAGGCGUAUUCCAUAAAGCGCCUUCAAAUAUGACGCUUAUAAAUUUACGCUCUACUUAUUUUUAUACAAUAUUUAGAAGCGCAGUUGCAGCGCCACUGUCACGACACGCGCACGCCACUUUGCACUUACAAUUAAGCGCCUCGCAAACAUGUCUUGUGUUGGAUACAAGCAACCGGCAACUAGAAGCGAAUAUUCCGUUUUCAUACAAUUGCGGUUGCCGCAGCCGGCGACUGUGUUCAUAAUAUUGUAUGAAAAUUUGUUUUUAGUUAAUUGCUUGUAUCAGGCACAAGACACACGAUUGCGCCGCGCCUUAGUGAACUAAACAUUACUUGGCUGCCGUUCCACAGUUGCGUCACGCACUGUAGUGCUUUUACAACAGUGGCGUAGUGUCGAUUUCUGUCGCCCAGGGUCACCCUUAAAUUUGCAACCCGCUCUAUUUUACUGAUUACAAAAGUAAUUCGUUGUCUCGGCUCGAUUGUGUUUUUGUGUUCGCCUGCCGUUGCCACCUUUGCAUUGUUCAGGAUAUCGUUUUCUCAAUUAGUGGAAUUUAUUUCCUAAUUUCAAGCAAAAAUUAAUAAUUGUGACUAGCUGGGGAUCGGCUGCGUACGCCGCCGCCCCCAUUGCUGUGCCGCCCGGGACCAGGGCCCCCUCUGCACACCCUACGCUACGCCACUGUUCUACAAACAUCUAAUUUGAAGGCAUACUUAAGCAUCAUAAGCAUCAAUUUAAAUGUCAACAAUUAUGUACGAAACAAGCCAAGAAAAAUAAUUUUUAAGCAUUUCACUUUAAGUAUUAGUAAAAAUAUAAUCUCAUGUGAUAUUGUACUUUAAGUGCUUUAUUUCCCGUAGGUGCUGGUAGGUGCCAGUUGUACAAAUUUAUGGUAUGUGAUAUAAGUAAAUAUAAUACAUUCUGUUACAGAGUGAUAUGUUUGUAUUACUUUAUGUUUUAAUUCUUUUUUUUGUACGUAUUUUACGCGAUAACUAAAUUUUGUGAACCGAUUUUGAUGAUUGUUUUUGUUGAAAAGAGGGUACCUCAGCAGUGGUCCCAUUUAAAUUUGAAGAAAAUAUUCCAGCUCUAAGGGUAGCAAACUAGGGGAUGAAUCUGGUUUCGCGCACUUUCCGGUAACCGAUUUCAAUAAAAUUUGGCAAAUGUAUGUAAUUCCGCGAACAUUUGAGGUAGGCUUUUUUAGUACUUUUGUAUGUCAUUUUGUUGCCGGGCUAUAUUUCGACGUAGUUAAACAAAAAGUAUCCAAUCCACAUCCAGUCACUUUCAAGAUACCUAUAGCAGUUUGAAGUUUAAAAGUGUUUCUCAUUCUUGUUUUAUUUUCAAAAGUUAUAAUGUCAUGUAACUCCA